CUUCUUACUUGUUCAGCAUUUAACCAUUCAGAUGUUGCCAAACAGCCCCUUAAUCAAACUGAACCAAAUUAAAAAAAAAAAACACACACAUACUGACAUACGUGCCAAUAUAUAUAGUUUGGUUUUAAUAUUGAUCCGGUUACAUCGAUUAUUUGUACACACAGUCAUAAUCAUUGCCCAGAACUCAAUUAUAGGAAAACACACACAAUUGGAUCAUUAAACUGAGUUAUGGAAAUGAUCAUAACCGAACCAUCAUUUUUUCAAUUAGUUCGGUUAUUUAAUUAUGAUUCAUUUAUUCUUUCAUUGUGUUUUGAUAUAUGAAACUGAGACAAUCAUAUUUUCCCACUCCAUUAGAUUUUAUAUAUGAUUAAAGGUUAAAAAAAACCCCCUUAAUUUUAGUUUUUUAAUAAGGCCAAUUGGAUUUUAACACCUUUAACUUUGAAGAAUUGGCCGAUAACACCCGCAACUAACACUUUGAUCUGUGACACCCCAAACUUUUAAUUUUCUUUGUCGUUUCACCACUCAGUUAAGAAAUCACUAACUGAGUUACCCUUCCAUCCUACAUGGCAUCAUUAAUCCUACGUGGUUCUUAUGACGUGGCCCAUAAUUGCAGAUGUGGCACAUUAAUUGUAUAAAAGGCAUCAUCUUCUUCGUUUUUAACACUGCACAAACAAGGAAACCCUAAAUUAAAGCCAUACGCAUCGACCCAAAUCGAAACCCUAAUUUGCUCAUCACGAGAUCAUAGCAAACCUUCAACUUAUUUGCUGAUCGACAUGUUUAAUUCUUCCAACUCUUCAUGUAAUACCAACCGAAUCCCUAAAAUAUUCAAGGUGGACAUGGAUGGAAAUUUGUAUUGUCAUCACGAUAUCAGAGCUGUUAUUCGCGUAGCAGGAAGGAGAAGUGUUCGAUGUGGUGCUGAAUUUUACGGUUGCUCACAAUGGCCGCGAGACGACUGCAAGUUCUUUAUGUGGAAAAGAGAUUUCGACAAAUUAUUCGAAGUUCAUUCAACUUGCAGCUCAAGUGCAGUUACAAGAAGUGAUGCUAUGACCGGGAAUGAAUAUAAUUUGCAAUUGUGGAACAACUUGCUAUCUCAAGAGAACAAUAUGUUGAAACGACAAAUUUGUGCGAAAGAAUUCAUGUUGAAGCAGCAGUUUUUGUUUAGCUUGUUUGUUAUCAUUGCCAUGUUGUUUUACAUAGUGUAUCGAAUUUAACUUGUUUUUUAUUGUAAGUUCUUUGACAUGAAUGAAUGUAGUGAAGUUGGGCUUUGA